CCUUGAUUAUAUCACUUGUCAAAACACCAAUCUAUCUUCCUAUAUAUAUUUACACUCAUAUUGAGUUUUAAGCCAAAAAUCAAACUCUUUUUAGCUUCUCUUCUUCCAAUACCCUUUUUGUCGACCAAACUUAAAUUUUUUAGAUAGGAUUAAGAGCUUAAUUGAAAAAUUGCUUAAAAAUUAUCCAAAUUUUUGGAUAAGAUUAUAAUUAAGAAUCUCAUUUCCUUUCCAAUAUUUAUCCCUUUCUAUAAUAUAUAUUUGAUACGAUUGAUUCUCUAAAUAAAUUAAGAAUAUUCAUUUUUGUUUAGAUUUCUAAAACUCGAAAAAUUCUAUCGAUCUCCUUUGUCAUGGGAGAAGCUUAAUCAUCACUAGUACUACUACACUACUACGGAGUACAUACUACUAAGUACAUGGACCCUAUUAAAGAAAUGGAGGCCAAGUUAGCAGAAGACCCUCACCCGCAAUCGCAGUCGGCGGUGAGGCGGGUGUGGGUACCAGGCCCGAUAAUUGUCGGGGCGGGCCCAUCGGGUCUGGCGGUAGCAGCGUGUUUGAAGGAAAAGGGAAUCCCUAGGUUAAUCCUAGAACGGGCCCACUGUUUGGGCUCGCUGUGGAAACUACACGCCUACGACCGCCUCCGGCUCCACCUCCCUAAACAAUUCUGUCAACUACCGCAUUUCCCAUUCCCACACAGCUUCCCUACUUACCCAACCAAGGAGCAGUUCAUCAGUUAUCUUGACGCCUACGCCACCCGCUUCAACCUUCAGCCCAUUUUCGGGCGAUCGGUGGUAGGAGCACAGUACGACACCCGAUACGGGCUUUGGCGGGUGCUCGUAACGGGGCCGAAGAAGGAGGUUGUAGAGUAUGUAUGCCAAUGGUUGAUAGUGGCAACCGGCGAGAAUGCGGAGGCGUACGUGCCGGAGUUUGAAGGAAGGGAGGAGUUUACGGGGACCGGGGCGGUAGUACACUCAAGUGCGUAUAAGAGUGGGGAUGAGUAUAGUGAGAAAAAGGUGUUGGUAGUUGGGUGUGGAAAUUCAGGUAUGGAGGUUUGCUUGGAUCUUUGCAAUCAUAAUGCUUAUCCUUCCUUGGUUGUUAGGGAUUCUGUACAUAUACUUCCACAACAAAUGCUAGGAACUUCAACUUUUGGAUUGUCAAUGUGCUUAUUAAAGUGGUUCCCACUGAAGUUAGUGGAUCAAUUUUUGCUUCUAAUCUCUCGAUUAAUGCUUGGUGAUACGGCCCAAUUAGGCAUAAGUAGGCCGACGAUUGGACCCCUUGAAUACAAGAGCGUCUCAGGAAAGACCCCAGUUUUGGAUAUUGGGACUUUUGCUAAGGUCAAAUCUGGGAAUAUUAAGGUUUUUCCUGGAAUUAAAAGAUUAACACGUCAAGGGGCAGAAUUUGUUGAUGGAAGAAUGGAGAAUUUCGAUGCUAUCAUUCUUGCCACAGGUUUUAAAAGCAACGUACCCUCUUGGUUAAAGGAUGCCAUGUUUUCGGAGAAAGAUGGGUAUCCAGUGAAACCGUUUCCGGAAGGAUGGAAAGGUGAGAAUGGGUUAUAUGCCGUGGGUUUCACCAAACGGGGCUUGCUUGGUGCAUCUCAUGAUGCUAUGAAGAUAGCAGAAGAUAUCGACCGAGAGUGGAAAACUAAAGCAAAGCAAUUGAUGCAACAAAGAUCGACCUUAAAUUAGGGCUUGUAUUUUACCUUUGAUUUUGUGGUUUCUUGGUAUCAUUCCAUGUAAAUAUUUUUUGUGUAUAUAGUUCUAGAAGUGCCCUAGGUAGGCUCAACUAGAAAAAAGAAUUAGGACUUAGGAGGAUAGAAUAUCAAAGUAUAUGUCAUCUUCUUUCUUCUUAUAAGAAAAAAAGACGAAUUUUAGAUUCGAUUCAGUAUGUAUAUGUUUCAAGGCAAUUUUAGUAUCUAGGAUAAAUUGACAUAAAUAAUCCCAACUUUCACACAUCUUAUAAAAAUGAUCCCAACUUUGAAUUAUUUUAGAAUAAUCCAAACUUUAGGGGUUACCUUUUCAAAAUAAUCCGAAAUCUUUUUUUUUUUGUCAUUACUAGUCAAUUUUGGGUCUAUUGUACAUAGGCAAAUUGAUAGUUUGGAUUAUUUUGAGAAUGUAACCCCUAAAGUUUGGAUUAUUCUAAAAUAAUCCAAAGUUGAGAUUAUUUUAAGAAGAU